AUGGAAGAGGGAAAUCACUCGGUGGUGACUGAGUUCAUUCUCACAGGACUGACAGAUCGUCCGGAACUGCAGGUCCCCCUGUUUGUGUUGUUCCUACUGAUUUUUGUUAUCACCCUGUUGUGGAAUGGGGGGCUGAUCAUUUUAAUCAUGAGUGACCCCCGACUUCACACCCCAAUGUACUUUUUCCUUGGCAAUUUAUCUUUCUGUGAUUUUUGCUAUUCCUCUACAAUUGUCCCCAAGAUGAUGCAGAAUUUCUUAGCAGAGAAGAACAGCAUUUCUUUCACUGCCUGCGCUGUGCAAAUGUUUUUAUAUUUCUUUUUGCAAGAUGCUGAGUGUCUCUUGCUGGCUGUGAUGGCGUAUGACCGUUAUGUGGCCAUCUGUAACCCGCUGCUCUAUACGAUCAUCAUGUCCAGGCGGCGUUGUAACCUCCUCGUGGCUGGGGUGUAUGGAGUGGCUUUGGCAGAUGCAACAACAGGCAUAUACCAUACAUUUCAGCACUCAUUCUGCCGCUCCAACAUCAUCAAUACUUUCUUUUGUGACACCCCUCCACUUCUGGUGCUCUCCUGCUCUGACACGCGCAUCAAUGAGAUUGUGAUGUAUGCCUCCAUGUGCUACACAGUAGUGAGCAGUGUUGUGACCAUCCUCCUCUCCUAUGUCUGUAUCAUCUCCACCAUCCUGCGGAUCCGCUCUGCUGAGGGCCGGCGCAAAACCUUCUCCACCUGCACUUCUCACUUGACUGCUGUGGGCAUGUUUCAUGGCACUCUCCUUUUUACGUAUUUCCGACCCAGCUCCAGCUAUUCCAUGGACAUUGACAAAAUAACCUCACUGAUCUACACAGUGGUGAUCCCAUUAAUGAACCCCCUCAUCUACAGCCUGAGGAACAGGGAGGUGAAGGGCGCUCUGAAGAAAGCAAUGAAUAAACUCAGACGGAUUUCUUGA